UUACCAGUUAUAAUCACUUAAAAUCUAUCUUUUUAUAGUUAAUAAACUUGUUUUAAUAUUUUAUUUAAACCAGUGUGCUUUGACUGAAGUAUUUGGGGGAAUCUCUACUCAGGUUAACAAAGGCUGUUGCAUAUCCAUUACCUUUUGAUGGAGUGGAGGACUAGUUAAUGGGAGUGUCUCCCUGUAUAGAGUUCACGAGUGGCUGGGAGAGCAUUCAUGUAACUUUGCUGGAUGUGCCUUCAUAUGCUGAUGGCUGUGUGAGAGAAAAGCCUGGAAGGGGCUGCCUUUCACUCACAGAGCAGCGUAAGAGGUGUCCUGAGCUAGAGAGUUACGGGGUCACAGUGAUUUCGCAGUUCAGAUUGUACACUGGGGAUGUCACACCUCCCUUCAGUGAAAAGCAGAGCCAUGGCAGAGCGUGACAGUACAGUUAUGACUUUCAUUCUGUUGCUUUUGUCAGCAGGAUCCCUUAAGUGUCAGAUGAGGGCUUUGACCCCAGCAUCAGCAAGCAUUGGAACAGGUCUCGCUGUACACAGGGCUGCCUUAUGUUCAGAUACAUUGCCAAACAGGCACUUUGGGAGGGAGAGCAUUCAGAGGUUCAUGGAGGUAGAGGAUAGAGGGCACUACACUACUUUUUCCACAUAACUUUAACAAAGGAUGUCUUGUGUUAGUGCCGAUGUUUUAAUCCCGAUUGAUUUUGAAAGAUGCUCCGGAAAGUGUUUUUAAAGUACUGGAUUUGAGCCUUUUUUUUUUCUUGGUCCCUUUAUUUUGGCAAGGAAAAUCUGAAAAGCUUUGUUUUGUUUCAAGGGUUUUUGGGGAAGGUAAUAUCUGGAAUAUCAACUCUGGUGUUUCAUGGAUUUCCUGGAGGACUUCUGGGACAUCUCAAGAGAUGUACAUUGUGAAUUCUCAAACCUUAAUUGAACUUCUGGGGAUGUUGAAUCUUUAACAAAAGCAUCUUUUCUCCCAAGUCUUCAUUUGGAGUUUAAAUUAAAUAGGCCUUAACAAAAACAAACUAGAAUUUUGGGCAGAUGGACUAGAAGCCUUUUUCCUCUCAGUUGUUCAGCUUCCAGUUGCUUGGUUCUUAUGAUGAUGUUUCACUACUUCUCUAGUAACAAUAGAGCCUUCCAGGACAGGUGAGAUCUAAAUAUCUUAUGUUUUAAAAAAGAAGCUUCUAGCUUAAAACCAAACCAAACGCAACAUUAGUCUUCUGUAUCCAUCUUAAAGCAAAAAGAAGGUACAAGUGCAUUGUUUUUCUUUGCAAGUCAAUUUUGUGAGGGAAGGGAAAGAGUGGCACUGGAAUUCUCUGAAAGUAGCUUCUUUCACAGGCCUCCCUACUCAUACACUCUUCCCCUUAUGACAAUACGUUUCAAUAUAUAAUUGAGACAGUUCAUACAAACCAAUGGUAUAGUAACUGACAGUUGGAGCAUAUAAACUGUAGAGGAGGAGGUGCUUUUUGAAGCAAGGGGUGUGGGUUUAAAUAAAACAACUUCUCAUUAGGCCCUUGGAAAUGCACACAAGGGCCUUGUGGCCAAAGUGUUGCUCUAUGGGAGUAUUUCCACUUCCCAUAGCGCCGUAAAUUGUUCUCUGGAGGAAUGUUAUUCCUGUUGAAAGAAUAGUGAGAUCUCUGUGGCAUGUCAUCAGAAUGUGACUGUAUGUAAAGGUGGUCUGCAAAUCAAUCUGACAAAAAUGCCAUCAGGUGUUUGUGCUGAAUGCCCUCAUUCUCCAGGCUAAACAGAAGAGGGCAUUCAGUACAUAACCAGAACACUUACUAUCUUUUUUUCAUAGGUUCCAUGAUGUCCAGCCCCACUAGGGCUUCCGGCUCCCGCUCCGAUGUAACGCCCCAGCAUGUACCAUGCUGGUGAUGUCACAUCACCCAGGGAUCCUGCUGGAGCAUGGAGCCGGCCUACAAGGGGUCAGAUAUGAAGUUUGCAAGUCAAGUGAGGAUGGCGCUGAGUGCAUCACUCUUUCUGUAUACUUCAGAGAAAAGAGAAUAAGACAGUCCAGCACUUCUUCGGGGACUGUUCUUUGUGGGCAGCCACUGCUAAUCUCUGUGCCCAAACACAAGCUCACUCUGGAUCACUUGUACAAUGUUGUUUUGGAACAGAUUGGCCACUACAUUAAAUUUCCUCUGACAAAAGAAUAUUCUAGUGUAUGCCUGGACAGUGGGAUCUGCAAUGGCUCCAGUCGUGGCUGCGAAGUUGAAGAGAUGGAACAUCAGGAUGGAGAUGAGGGCAGGGAAAAAGCCUCAGAAACAGAUUCCUGCCAGUCAGAGGGCUGUGCACAUGAUUUGCUGGGGAAGGAAGGGCAGCAUCACAAGAAGCAUCUGUUCACCUUUAGCCUUGUGAAUUCCUAUGGGAUUUCUGAGAUAAACUCAAUUACAACAGAGGGGAAACUUCUAAAACUGAACUCCUAUGCCACCCUUGCUAUUGACUUGGAUCCAGACACUCGGAAGCUGCUGUUUGAUGAACAAGAGUCACAGGCAUUUGAAAAGGAUGAAAGUAUGUUGCAGUCACAGAAGAAGAAAACUACUGUCGCUCUUAAAGACUGUAUAGAACUCUUUACUACAAUGGAAACGCUUGGUGAACAUGACCCUUGGUACUGCCCUAACUGCAAGAAGCAUCAGCAGGCCACAAAGAAGUUUGAUCUAUGGUCUUUGCCCAGGAUUUUGGUGGUGCAUUUAAAACGCUUCUCGUACAACAGAUACUGGAGGGAUAAACUUGACACUGUGGUUGAAUUCCCCAUCAGGGAUUUGAGCAUGUCUGAGUUUGUCUGUGACCCAAUAGCUGAUCCAUAUGUGUAUGACCUCAUUGCAGUGUCCAAUCACUAUGGAGCUAUGGGAGUAGGCCACUAUACUGCAUAUGCAAAGAACAAAGUGAAUGGCAGAUGGUACUACUUUGAUGACAGCAGUGUAUCAAUGGCUUCUGAAGAUCAAAUAGUGACGAAAGCUGCAUAUGUGCUAUUUUAUCAGCGGCGGGACAGCAAGCAGCACAUAGCCCCGUCUCUGCCUGCAGAAAGUGAGCUGGCAUCGGAAGAGUGUGAUGGCAUGGAUACCAACUGAGCCCAGCCUGCUGCGCUCAGACUGCUCGGUAGAGUUCUUUGUUUGACGCCAUGUCUGGAGCAUCUGAGAAUUGCUGUUCUACCUUCAGUAGGAUUCUCAAGCAGGAAAUCUAGUGUUGGGGGCUUAGUGCCCAGUGUUGUAAGAUAGCACUGGGGAGCCAAGAGUGAGCUGACACGGGUAUCUAGAGGCCAAAAAUUAUCUAUAUCAAAGCUUCAAUAAAAUUUUUGUAAAUCUGGCUAGACUGUGUGGCUGGAGCUGGGGAAGGAGAGGCUUGGGCUGGGCUGAGUUGUGGGGCUGGGGCCUGGGGCGGAGAGGGUGACUGCAGGGUGUUGCAGAGGUGACAGAGGUGUUAUUUGGGCAUGAACGCUACUCCUGUGGUGUGCCUGUUGACAGCUCUGUGCAUAGCUGUCAGGCCCAGUCCAGACUUUCUCUGUCUAAUCCCAUCAGCUUUAGUGUCCGGAAUUUCUGCUACUGCUACGGCACCAGCAGUGCCUCUUCCACACUCCCCAGUCCAUGUGGCCACAGCUCCUGGUGUCUCUUCUUCUUUCUGCCUUUGCACCUUUUUUCCUGUGCUGAGCAGCCGGGUGCAUUUGCUCUGGUCCCUGUAUGCUGGUGACAUCUUUGACUAUUCUGGGCAGCUGAGCCAUGGGCCUUUCCCACAUUCAGACAUAUCAUUUUGGUCCCAAAAAAGUAGGAAAUUCAUUGGAAAUGAAAUGCAGCCCCCCGGGCCACUGCUGCAUGGAGAGAGCUGUACUCUGAUUGCAAAAUAUACGCACUCCUGUGUGUACGAUAGGAUUUCAGCUCUGGCUCCUGCUCUUAGCACUAUCACAGGGUGAGGUCUUAGCCUUUGAGACCCUAAAUUCAGCUCUUGUUCUAUUCAUUCAUAUUCCACAGUCCUUUUUGCCAGUUCCCAUGGAAACCUGCUGAUGAUCCCUAGAAUGACAACCCCCCGAUUGAGUUUGUCCCCUUGCCCCACACCCCUGUGAAACCUUGGUGGUUCUGUGCACCAGUGAUCACAGCUUCCGUGUGAUCUCCACAGCUGCUGUGUAGACGGCUUACAUACCACCACCUCCCAGAUGCUAAUCCUUUCCAGGAGCUGGCCCAGUCAGAAAGUGGCCUCACUCCAGUCCAGUGCUAACUCUUCCCUCUCUCCACUGCUGUCCACACUGGUUCCAUGCCACUGCCAUCCCAUACAGGCACUGCCAGCUGUCCAGGCCUCCCACUUGUUUAUUUCCUAGAAGUUAAAGGGGGGGGAGGAGGAGGAAAGGCACCGUAUGGGAACGCAGUACAGGAUUAAAGCUGCAUUCGCUAGAUUUGCUGUAAAGGAGAAGGGAGCUGCUGUGUCCCCAGCCCUCUGGUUAGCAUUGAGCUACUGCUCUGCAGAGCAGCUCUUUUAAAGCACUGAGGUUUGAGUUGUUUAGCUCAUAAUUGCUGAUGCUUCUGCUGUUUGGUUCUUGGUUUGUUUGGGUUUUUACACCUGGCUUAAGUGGAUAUUAUGUUUCUUUUCUGUCCCCCUCACUAGGGGUUAAGUAUAAACUGUAGCACUGCACUGGGUUUUUUUGUUUAGCAUCUUUGAUCGUGGGUUUUCCACCCUUUUAAAGUAAAGAUUUGGGGAGACAGUGGGGAAAAAGUAAGAAAAGAUCCUGUUAAAAAUGAAGAACAACAUAAUGUAACAAAUGUGGUUCCCCUUCUAUAUUGACACAAGAAACCUUGCCACUUUCCUUUGUAUGGUCAGAUUGAAAAGGCAUCCAUCGGGCUGAAGGCUGAUUCUUGGAUGCUGAAUUGAAAUCUCUUCUAAUAUACUGCAGUAAAAAGGGUGACAGGAAUCUGGCCUUCUCCUCUGCCUGUCAGCUGAUUGGGUUCUGAUUGGUGUGUACAUUCUGUAUAAUGUCAAAUCUGCUUUUAGACUGGCACUUUGUAAGUGACUGGCUUUAUUGUAUAAAGAGGAAAUAAAGAGUGGUUUGCACUGAA